AUGUCUGAACUCGACCUAUCUGCGCUUCAAACCUUGAGGAGGCAGUACUUUGGCCUCGUCCCGCCAUACCUCCUCCAUGUACCUGACCUUCCUCCGGCUGCCCAGGAAUGGCUGGCGGACAAUCUUGUGGAGAGUCCCUUGCCUGCGCCGGAGGAAGGUUACCAACGCUCCUUCUGGAAGCGAUUGUUGCAGCCUCUGGAGGCGGGGGCAGGGGAGGAUGGUGUUGAGGAGCGUGUCUACGAGGUCGUGGCCGGAAUCAUGGCCACUCCACCUCGCUUUGGAGAACCACCACAGUCCUACAAGACAUUCCUGUAUGGUCGGCCCGAGUGCGCGAUCACACUCCUUGAGGAGCAGGUUGCGGUGCAGGCGGGAACAACGGGCCUGCGGACAUGGACUGCAGCUCUCCACCUGGGCCACCACGUUCUGCACUCUUCCCCAUCCAUCUUCCUUCCCUCCUCCGCAUCCGCACCACCGCCUGUCCUUGAGCUCGGCGCAGGCACAGGCUUCCUCUCGAUCCUCCUCGCCCAGCUCGGGGCUGACGUGAUCACAACGGACCUCGGUGAUGAGAACGGCGACGAUGAGGACCAAUUGGAGCAUCCACCACGAGUACGCUCCCUCGACUGGUCUGACGCUUCCGCACCGCCAGAUGAUCGGCCCGGGGUGUGGGCUGAGGCACUUGAACCGGUCGAAGGAAGGGGGCGGGUUGUCUUGGCUGCAGACGUUAUCUACGACCCAGACCUGGUGCCCUUCCUUGUGGACGCCAUUGGGGUGUUAGCCAAGGAGAGCUAUGCGGUGCUGGCCGCCACGGUACGAAACGAGAAGACAUUCAAACUCUUCCUCGACGAGUGUUCCUCUCGCGAGAUGCGCACGGAACUCCUUGACCUCACGCCGAUGGACUCCUCCGCCCCGACAUUCUGGGACACAGCACUCGACGCGGGUACGCGUGUCGAGAUCGUACGCGUGACACCGUCUUAG